CACAGUAUGGCUAUGUCCUGGGUUUCCUGCUCUGUCUCUAUUAAAAGAGGAAUUUUGGUGCCUGGAUCUUCGCUGUAUCGCUUAGCAGCUGGAAAAGUACGUGCGCUGAGCUGCGCAGGCGGCCUGUCCUGUGCCCGUGGAAAAGAAUCUCCGGCAUCCUCACCCAUUCCCAGCAGAUAUCAUUUUUUACGUAAAAGUCAGGUGCGAAACGGUAGUAGUGCUGUCCCUGGCGGAGAAGGAAGCAACAAGCACACCGGCCUCUCCCUUAAGGAUGUAGCUUUUGGCAUAAAGGAGGGCGCUUACCGACGUAUACUGGUUAUGGUGGGAGCUGGCAUCAGCACCGACAGCGGGAUUCCUGAUUUCAGGUCUCCCACAAGUGGUUUGUACAGUAAACUACAGGAAUACUCUCUUCCUUACCCAGAAGCUAUCUUCAACUUGAGCUAUUUCUUGAGGGAGCCUCAUGCCUUUUUGCGACUUUCUCGGGAACUCCUCCCAGGACGCCAUCGGCCCAAUGUUGCGCAUUACUUCCUCCGCCUCUUAAAUGAUAAAGGACUACUGUUACGCCUCUACACGCAAAACAUUGAUGGCUUAGAGAGAGUGGCCGGUAUUCCUUUGGAGAAGUUGAUAGAAGCACACGGAUCGUUCUCUUCAGCCACAUGCACCAUGUGCCUUAAAACAUACCCAGGAGAGACCUUCAGGGAUGCAGUCUUGGAGUCUAAGGUCCCACUUUGUGUGUCCUGUGGUGGUCUCAUCAAACCAGAUAUUGUAUUUUUUGGAGAGCAGCUUCCACCACGGUUCAUGAUGCACCUGGUAGACUUCCCUCAAGCUGAUCUCCUGGUCAUCAUUGGCACAUCACUGGAGGUAGAGCCAUUUGCUAGCCUGGUAUAUGCAGCAAGGGCCUCUAUACCACGUGUCCUCAUCAAUCGGGAUCCAGUGGGGCCUUUCCUGAGUGGUCCCCAUGGACUCAACGUGAUGGAACUUGGGGACGUCACCGCAGGAAUCAAGCGUUUCGCACAAAUGUUGGGAUGGGAGCAAGAACUCAAGGAGCUCGAGGAUAGAGCAAAGGAUGGGGCCUUACACUGAAUCGAGUAAAUACACUUCUGCUGAAGAGGAAGGUCUUGGCUGUGGAAGAUGAGACCCAUGUGACAGUUCACGUGUAUUCUCAUGUGUAUGUUACACAUAUACUUAUUUUAGUCCAUGUAACUGGAGUAACAUUGUCACUGUGUAUAGUAAAUGCACAUAAUUCUAUAGAAAUUAUUUUUAGGGUGCAGUAUGAAAGAUAAUAAAAUGUAAUAUAUUUAUAUAUAA